AUGUCUAAAUAUGUCUUAAUUUUCUCCUUGUCUGUGAAUUCUAACUGGAAUAAUAUUGACCAUGCUUGGUCUGCAAAUUUCUUAAACGAAGCGAAAAACCUUUUAGAUCAAGAAAAUUUUGCAGACCUAAAAGAGAAGCCUAUUGUGAAUACUAUUAAUCGAGAAGGGGAUGAAAUAGGAGAAUAUGAUUAUAAUAAUCUACAACCAUCAAGACAUUCCGUAGUACCAUCUCCGUACCUUUCUUUAUCAAAUAAUUUUCCAUCACCACCUCCAACACCAUCAAGAAGUGAGAGUUCUCCCGUUUAG